CCCGUAGCCUGCCUACCUGACAUUUGUCGGCUUUAUUCCGCUUCUCUCAGCUUCACCUACACCCGCACAACAUACACCACACCACACACCACACCAUAACCCAUUGACUGCCCGCAAUUCCUCCCUCGGCAUCUUCUCACCUCUUACCUCUCUUCCUUAACCCUUCCCCCUUCCGUCUGAAUGCCCCGUGCUUCGUCUUCGGCCUGAACACACGGGGGAGAAGCGAAGUAGACGCCGCUGUGUAAGGCGCCAUCUGCCACGCCCGCGACCUGGGUAUUAUUUUUACAUUUCUCUCUCCGAUCACUGCGCACCCUCUCAGCCAACCAUCCACCUACCCAACUCUGCCCGACCCCUGCUGUCGACGUUCUUCUGCUCCUUCUCCAUCCUCUUUUCUUGCUUGGGUUUGGCCGGUAGAAAUUUCCAGCGCUCCCGGCAGACAGAAAUUCCAUUUACUAAGUCUCGCACAUUUCCUGCCUGUCCCUAUGGCCGCCGCCGACUCUGCCCAGUCGUCGGCUCUGGCGGCUAUCUCCAGUAAAGGUGGCCGUGCCUCCCCUCCUGCCCCCUCGAAGCGCGACAAGAAGCGCCAGGUGGUGAACGACCGCCUAGCCAUCCUAGCAGACAAGUUCAGUCGCGACAAGGACAAGCACUACCGCGAUGAGCUCCACAAGAUCCAGAUCGACGUGAAUCUCGUUGGCCGGGUCAAUCCCUAUGCCGAGCGGCCACUGGACGCAAUCGACCGCGAGUAUCGCGACAUCCAACAGACCGCGAAUGCCCAGCAUGCCGCAAGUGCCAGUGGGAACGGUAGCCCGAAGCGCAGUCUGCUUGAAAUGGCAGGCCCAACCUUCUCCGAAUGGGUUCACCAGAUCGAGGACCUAGUCGAACAUCGCGACUACGAGAUGACUUGCCAGAAGAUCGAGUAUGAGAGAAAACUCCGAGAGCACCACAAGACCCGCGCCUACAAGGUAGAACUAGCUAAGCGCGAACACAAGACCCUUUCCAACACCCUGCGAGACCGCCUUAUCAACGCCAUCAGCUCCAAGAAGUACCGAUUAGGCAAGGAGAAGGAAGCGCUCGAAAUCUCCGACAGCUCCGCCUUGCUCCUGCACCCGAGCCAAUUCAGUCUGACCAACCCCUCGAGCCCUGGCGGAACGCACGGAAAACGAAACACCCGAUUGCGACGAGAGAUGGAGGAACUUCCAGGCUUCUCCGAUAGCAAGAAGAGAAAGAGGAACGGAGCAGACGAAGACGGGUCGCCUGCUCCCAAGCGAGGGGCUUUGGACAGCUCUAAUACCACCCCGUUCUGGUCUAGCGAGAGGGUAAGGGGUCUACGGAAGGAGACAGGACCAGUAUACAGCAUCGAGAAGCUCUUUACGGAUAGGGAACUCGCCAUGACGUACAACGCCGCAGCUCUGGCUGCCUAUAAGCAUCUGCUGACACGCCGCGACACGAACGGAAACAUCCUUCCUUCGCCCGACGAGAGUGUCGUUGGUAACGGUGAUGUAAAUGACGACGACGAAGGCCAGUCUGCGGUUACUAUGGAGCGACAGCCCUCUCACGCUACGCGAAGCACCCGAGGUGGACAUGGCCAACAGAACUACUAUGAUGAUCAAGUGCUGGGAAUCGAAGCCCUGGCUAGUUUUGAUUUUCCAGGCAACCUCGACAAAGUCUCGGGUUAUGAGCCGAAGCUUCCUCCGCUCAUUCACUCGCAGUAUUCGAAGGCAUAUAGGAGGGAGGAGUCUAAUGCACCUCCUCCUGCUCACGACGCUGAUAGAGACAGGGAUCUUGCAGUGAUGAAGUUGUUCAAGACUUUUCAGGCCCGACACGGUGUCGGCGCCAACCUCGACGUGAACAACCCGGGUCGCAAGUUGCUCGAGGCUUUUGCGCCGCCGCUCCACGAGAGCAAAUACGUGGCUUAUACCCAGGGUCCGCGACCCCCGUUCGAGAAUCUGACAGAAUCCCUGGGCAUCCAAGAGAGCGAUCUGAGGGAGGAGCCACCCAACGCUGAGCCGCCUGCUCCCGAGAGCGCGGCGGCUGCGAAGGACUCUCCCGCCGCCGUGCCGGCCAAGGGCUCUCCGGCAGUAGGCGCUAAGGAGUCUCCGGCCGGCGUGCCGAUGAGCAGACAGAGCAGUCUCGGAGGCGCUGCGAUGAGUCGAUCGGGUAGCGCCCGAGGCAAGCGCAAGUGAUCGCGAGUAUUUGGAUCGGAUCGAUUCGGGCGUUGACCGGGGGAGGCGAGAGGAGAGUAUAUGAUGGAGCCUUCUCUUGGAUGUGUGCGGUCGUCGAGGUCGACGCCGCGCGCAUAAGUACAUAACAACAUGCAUGCAUGCAUCCCUAGUCGAUCACGACGUGAGGACUAGGGCCACAGGGAUAGGCGGGCGUUCACUAGCGGUUUGACGAUGAUUAUUCCCGGCGGGGACACAGCGAAGGAGAACGAAGGAAAAGCACCACGUUAGGUUACACCAGACGAGCGGUUUGGCACACAUGUAAAUAGAUGACAAACGCCCAUAUUGCGAGCUCUUCAUUCGAUACAAUCUACUCUGAAC